CCGAUGGAUAUGAUGCCCGCUCACUCAGCGGGGUGUUUGCCAUGGUCAAACAAACGGCCCGGAAUUGUUGACACGAACAAAUGUUGGGGCGUGGCCCAGUCAAGCGCAGUGCAGAAAGAAAAAGAACCUUUCCCAACAUUUUUUAGCAAGUUGGCAAGUAUUUUCCUCCGGCAUUCUGCCCAUCCGGCAGCAGUAGCAACGGAAAUGUGUCAAUAGAAGCUGCUGCCUCGGCGAUCAAACAUUUCCCGGGUAUAGAUGUCGAUGAUUGAAUGUUACCAACAAAGAUGCAAAUAGUCUAAACAGCAGUCGUCGUCGGGCGGGAUAUGGCGAACUGCCCAGGUUGGCCGGCGCAAUAAAUAACCGCUAGGUGUGCUCUACUACACACACAGGUGUUGUGUGUCGAUCAGAGUAAAACCGUAAUUAUCGUUUGCCUCACGUGUUCCAAAGAAGCCAAGCAGCCAAGCAUCAAUACAUCACGCAUUCAACGACUGGCCUUACUCUACGAUUGGUGUUCGCCAUCGACAACCAAACGAAAAUUUAACAAAAGAAAAGCAAGAUAUUUUAUAAAAUGCAGGCAUUGAACUUAAAAGAGGAAGCCGCCAAACUGGAAACGCAACUCGAAAGUAGUUGCCACGAUCUCAAACUGUCCAAAGAAUGCCAUCUUCUUGGCAGAUUCCUGGAAAUUGUCAAGAAGGACAGUACCCAAGCCGCCGACGUUUACAAAUCCAACUGCCUGGCCGGCCAGGAUGGAGAGAGUUGUUACCAGUUGGGUCAGCUCUAUCAUACGGAAAAGGCAAUGGUGGAUCACGGGGAAGCUUUCGCUUUUAAUCGGAGAGGUUGCGAGCUGGGCAAUGCCAAAUGCUGUCUGGACGCCGGCCUGGCCAACCUAUCGGACAAUUUAGAUGAAGGCUGCGUCGGAAAGGAUUUGUCACUGGCCUUCCAGUACGUCCAACGAUCGUGCCAACUCGGAUCUGGCUUCGCUUGCCAUUUGCUGGCUGGUGUUUACGUCGCCGGAAUUCCGGGAAUCGUCGAAAGAGAUUUAUCGGCGGCUUUCAGGCACGAUUUCGAAGCGUGUAAGCAACUCAAUUUCCCUCCAGCUUGCGCUAGUCUACGUGCUACUUUGAACGUGACGACCAAAGCGACACUGCAUCCAUCUAGUGGCGUAUAAUGGAGGCCAUUUUUUUCUAUUUGAAUAGUUUGAAACUUUGAAAUUUGAGAGAACCUUAUUGUAGCUAGCUGACAAUACAAAAUCUCUUGAAUUAUUAUGUGACAAUUAAAUUUUUCUGUUAGU